AUGGUAAAUGGGAAGGAGGUAGAGACUGAAACUGUUAACUCAGGUCUGUCCAAGUUUCUAGAUUGGCUAAAAUUCUACAAGAAAGUCAUCCUGAUUACUCACAGUGGCAAAAAUUCUGAUUUCCCUGUGUUCAUGACGGCACUUGCAUCUGUGGAUCAUGUAUCAGAAUUAUGUGAUGUUGUGAUAGGGUUUGUUGACAGUCUACCUUUGUUGAAAAAGAUUUUCCCUGGAGAAAGUUCGUACAAACAAGAAAAUCUUGUCAGAAGCCUACUAGCUGCAACAUAUGAUGCACAUAAUGCCCUUGAGGAUGUAAGAUCACUAUGCUGGCUCAUGAAGCAUGAGAAAAUAACAGAUAAAUAUCUCGCAGACUUUUCGUUUUCACCUGAAGCAGUGAAAAUUCAGUUGGUAUUUAACAGGGAGAAAACCAAAAACAUUGGAUCAUCCAUUAAUUGCAGCCGGUGUGAUGAAGAUGGCAACAGCAGAAAAUGUUGCAGGGUCUGGUUUGUGUCUUGCAAAUCUUCGAAAAGUUCACAUGAGGGAAGGUGA